GGUGAAUGUGUGGAGUUGUGCACCAUAGAGUGCGGGGAGCUCGGGGGUAGAGCGGCGGCAUAAAGAGCGAACUCGGCACCGAGCCUCCCGGACCCAGCAUGAUCCGGAGCCGCGUCCCCGCGCUGGCCCUGCUUACCGCCGUCUGCGCCCACGCCGCCAUCAUCUUCACCAAACACCCGUCGUCGCAGGACGCCUUACACGGACGGAGCGCCUUCCUGCGCUGCGAGGUGGACGACCCGGCGGGGGUCCGCUUCCGGUGGCUGCACAACGGGGUGGCGGUGAGCGACACGGACCGCAGGUACCAGGAGGGCAGCAGCCUGACCUUCACCGCCGUGGACAGACGGCUGGACGCCGGGACCUUCCAGUGCGUGGCACAGAGGGCCGACGAGGAGGGCAGGAGCGCCAACGCCUCCUUCAACAUUAAAUGGAUAGAGAGCGGAGGGGUCAGCCUGCAGCACCCGGCCUCUGCCUCCGACAUCCAGAGCUCGUCGGCGGUCACGCUGCGCUGUCACAUCGACGGACACCCACGCCCCGGCUACCAGUGGUUCAGGGACGGGAUUCAUCUGUCGGACGGCGGCCGCUCUUACACCUUCAGCAACAAGGAGCGGACGCUCACCCUGCGCAGCGCAGAGCCGGAUGACAGUGGCGAGUAUUACUGCUGUGCGCAGAACGCCGUGGGCACCGUCUGCAGCAACCGCAACUUCACGCUCGCCAUAACCGACGAGAGCUUCCCCCGGGCCGUAGUGACCCCUGAGGAUCAGAUUGUGAAUCGAAACGAGGAUGCCGUGUUCCACUGCCAGUUCACGGCCACGCCGCCCCCGACCCUGGAGUGGUGGUUUGACGAUGAGGACUCCCCCCUGACCAACAAGAGCCGGGUCACCGUGUUCCAGAACGGGUCGCUGCUGGUCGGCUCCGAGAGGCCACGCCGGCCCGGCGUCUAUCGCUGUGUUGGGACUGGGGUUCGUGGGAAGCCGGCCGUCCUCAAAGCCUCGCUACGCCUGGCAAAAAUCGAAGACAUGCGGCCGCUUACACCGAGGGUCCUCAUCGCGGACACCAUCCAGCGGGUUACCUGUGACCCACCGCGUGGCCUCCCUCCUCCAACGGUCUGGUGGGAGAAGGAUGGACAGAGGGUCCCCAAUGAGGGCCGGGUCUACCAGGAUAGCGAGGAGCUUGUAUUCAGCCCCAUAGAGGAGGCAGAUACCGGCACGUACACCUGCCACGCCGCCAACCGCGCCGGGGAGCGCAAGCAGAAGCUGCACAUCACGGUAGCGACUCCGCCGGAGUGGGUAGAAAAGCCUCGAGACACCGACAUGGAGGAAGGCAAAUCCGGCUUCCUCCACUGCCUCAGCCGUGCGUCCUCGGAGCCCACCGUGACCUGGUACCGCAACGGGUUCUCCAUGUCUAAGAUCAUCCGUCCGCAUGGGCUUCCCGCCACGGCGGCCCCCCUGCAGGAUUACCGCUUCGAGGUCUUCCCCAAUGGGACUCUGAGAAUUAUUAACGUGGAGGUGUAUGACGGUACCGUGUAUAAAUGUGUGAGCACGACCCUCGCGGGCAGCAUUGAGGCACAGGCGCGGGUACAUGUACAGGAGAAUUUAAAGUUCACGCCUCCCCCGCAGCCGCUGCAGUGCCUGGAGCUCGAUAAAGAGGGGGCCGUGCCGUGCUCUGCCACGGGCCGCCAGAAGCCCACCAUUCGGUGGGUUAAAGCAGAUGGGAGCCUUUUACCGGCUCACGUGGAGUCUGCCACCGGUCUCUUGCGCUUUAGCCGUGUCAGCCGCACAGAUGCGGGGAGCUACACCUGCAUCGCCUCCAACAGCCAGCAGGGGGAGAUACAGGCGGCAGUGAACAUCACCGUGGCGGUCUACAUCAGCUUCAAGAUCGUCCCCGAGAACACCACGGUGUACCAGGGCCACGCCGCCAUCCUGCACUGCCAGGCCCUGGGGGACCCCGCUCCGCACGUCCAGUGGAGAAGCAGGGAGGGGAUGCUGGAGGCCAGCAAGUCACAUUCCCGGAUUCAGGUAAUGCCGAAUGGAUCGCUGGUGAUAUUCCACGUUACCAGCGAGGAUUCUGGGAAAUACACCUGCAUCGCCGGGAACGUCUGCAACAUCCAGCACAGGGACUCCUUCCUUUACGUCGUCGAGAAGCCCCUGGGAGACACGAGGGAGCAGGACCCUCACACCCCGUACAAGAUGAUCCAGACCAUUGGACUGUCGGUGGGGGCGGCCGUGGCCUACAUCAUCAUCGUCCUCGGCCUCAUGUUCUACUGCAAGAAGCGGCGGAAGGCCAAGAGACAGGCCAAGCGCGAGGGGGAGGAACCGGAGAUGGAGUGUCUGAACGGGAGCGCGGUGCUGCAGAACACGGCGGAGAUCCAGGAGGAAGUCCCGCUCAUCACCCUGGGGAGCAAACGGCUUAGUGGGGACAAGACGAAUUUCCCACGUGGCAGCCUUCACCCCAUCACCACGCUGGGUCGUGGUGAAUUCGGAGAGGUGUUCCUAGCGAAGGCUCAGGGUGUGGAUUCCGAGGCGGGCGAAGCCAUAGUCCUGGUGAAGGCUCUGCAGACACGCGACGAGCAGCUCCAGCUGGGCUUCAGGCGAGAGCUGGACAUGUUCGCUAAGCUCAAUCACGCCAACGUCGUGCGCUUGAUAGGGCAGUGCCGGGACGCUGAGCCCUAUUACAUGAUCCUGGAGUACGUGGACUUGGGAGACCUGAAGCAGUUCCUGCGAAUCUCCAAGAGCAAAGAUGAGAAGCAGAAGACUCAUCCUCUGAGCUCCAAGCACAAGGUGUCCCUCUGCUCUCAGGUGGCCCUGGGCAUGGAGCACUUGUCCAACAAUCGCUUCAUCCACAAGGACUUGGCUGCCCGCAACUGCCUGGUGAGCGCUCAUCGGCUCGUCAAGGUGUCUGCCCUGGGACUGAGCAAGGAUGUCUACAACAGUGAGUACUACCACCUGCGCCAGGCCUGGGUCCCGCUACGAUGGAUGCCCCCCGAGGCGGUGCAGGAAGACGACUUCUCCACUAAAUCGGACGUGUGGUCGUUUGGGGUGCUGAUGUGGGAGAUCUUCACCCACGGGGAGCUGCCGUUUACCUCCAUGCCCGAUGAUGACGUCUUGACAGGGUUACAGAGCGGCUCCCUGAAGCUUCCCGCUCCUGACGGCUGCUCCUCCAGGAUUUACAAACUAAUGCAGCGCUGCUGGGCCCCCAGCCCCAAGGACCGGCCCUCCUUCAGUGACAUCGUCAACACGCUCAAAGACGGCCCCUCAGACGGCAAGAUCUGAGGGUGGCGGCAGCGGGCGCUGGGAUCGAGCACAGCCUCCGCCUCAGGGAGCGGCCCUUCCGGAACAAAGUGCCAGCCCAGCUUAGGGUCCCUUUGGCACCUGGAGUUACCCUCGCUGUGUGCAGCAACCAGUCCCUACGUACCGUCGCUAUCCUGCGUCACACAAAGCCCAAGCGGACCCCGUUCCCCUUCCCCGUCACACGUGUUACAUGUACAUCCGGAGGAAUCCGCCCCCAACACUAAUGUUACGUUUCCUACACGCUAAGUAUUUAUUGGUACUGUCUCUUUAACGCCCGCUGGCGUGGAUCGGUACGGACGCCGGCUUCAUUCUCGGGGCAUUUCCGUGGCCCCCCGAAUCAUGAAUGUUUUAUCGUCUAAUCAUAAGCACAAUAUACGGGGUAUUCUGCGGUGAACUAUCCC